AUGGCUUCUGGGUUAACGAGUGCCCAACCAUUGGUACCAUCAAGGGACCAGUCGAGAACAGUGGCAAUAGGCCAACCGGGAGCUGAUGUGGUCUCUUCAGCUAUUCCUGAGCAGGGAGCUAUGUUGGGGAGCGACGAAUCAACGGUCGGUAAUUUCCAGCAAGCGACAGAGCGAUCUGUCAUAUUCGAUGAAGCCAUCUCGGCUGAACCUCAGGGAGAAAUUCUGAGCACAGAUGGCUUCGACUUUCUUGAGCUCGGAGACAUGUAUCACGACUCCACCUUUGACUUUAUGCAUUUCAAUGUCACAGGCAAUCCGCACUCUCCAACCGGAUUCCGAGAUCUAAGCCUAGUUCCCGGCCCAGACGACUUACCUAUCUUACCCCCAAGCUCUCUUGACUUUGAUCAGGAUGGCCAAUUGUCUCAUCCGAUCCAAGACGCAUCAACACUGAACUCGUCGACGAUGAGAACAUCGACGGAGUGCCAGUCUGCAGAUCCUGAUGAAGAACUACCUAGCCCCCAACCAACAGGAGGUCACAAUAAGGAAGCACUUGAGACAAGCAGUAAUUCCGCAGAAGUGGACAGUUUAUGCUCUCUUGGGCGCCUGGGACUGAAUAACCUGCAUCUGACGCAAACAAAGAGGGGGGAGAUUCUCGGGCUCAUCAACGAUAUGAGACCAGUUUAUCCAGACGGCACAUCGAUAGAUGAGAAGACGGCAGACCUCUCUCUCGACCGAAUGCAGGAGUACCUCGACUUAUUCUUUGCUAAUUUCAACUCUUGCUACCCCAUGAUACACACACCGACACUUGAGGUUCUCGACGCGGAGCCAUUAUUCCUGUUAUCUCUAAUUGUCUUUGGGGCUACAUAUAAGGAGAAAGAAGACCAUCAACUUUCAGUCUGCUUGUAUGAUGCCAUGACGCCAUAUAUCAUGAGCGGGCUCAGUGGGAUCAAGGUGCCUGAUCUUUCCAUUCUCCAGGCCUUUAUGGUAUUAGAAUGUUAUGGGAUAUAUCGAGCUGGAGCAUACCAGCGGGAAAAUGCCAUUGUAAUGCAUACCUUUCUGUUCAACGCUAUAAGGAGACUGUCCCGUUACCACGUUCGGGCCAGAAUAAUGGUUCCUGACUUGAGGAUAGAUCGUAAGAAGGACUGGAAAGCAUUUGCUUACCAUGAGCAGUACAAACGCUUGAUAUUAUUUAUCUUCAUGUGGGAUACGCAGAAUGUGAGCUACUACUCGUUCAUGCCAAGUAUGUCUACCCAAUCAAUUCAAGUGAACCUUCCAUGCUCCAGGCGGCUUUGGGAGGCAAAUGAUGAAGAUGCAUGGAACGCGAUAAUUUCAUCGAAGAGUGAUCCUCCGAUGGUCAACACUAUGGUGAAGGACUUUAUCGAGGACGGGGGGAUUAUAUGGCGUGAGACCUUGGACAGCUUAUCUCUGAGCUUUAUUUUGCAUGGCUUAAUGUCAAUGUGCAACGACAUGGUCCAUUUUCAGAACCAGUCCAUCUAUCUUGGAAAUGCUGCACAAGGGAACAACAACGAUUGGCGCUGUCGGAUGACGGCUGCACUAGAGCUCUGGAAGACAAAGUAUGAUGCUUACGCUAUGGGGACAAGACAAAUCAUCGAUGAAGAUUCGUCGCUACAUGAGUUCCGCCAGGAAAAUGUGGCUUUUCUUGCGCUUUAUCACACGGCCCAUAUUGUCGUCAAUGCGGAUAUCCGUCACCUUCAGAUUGCAGCAGGCGCUGAGGCUAUCUUUGGACAUGUUGUAACGAGCACAGAGCGCGAAGAGAGUAUCAACGCGGUGAUGGAGUGGGUUCGAGUGUCUCCUGACUCGGCUGGUCAUGCUGCGUGGCACGCUGCACAGAUGAUCCGCGAGGGCCUGUUGAACCUGCGGAACUGGAAGGCUAAUGGCAUGUUCCAUUACCCGUGGUGUCUUUAUAUCGGCGUCUUGACGAUUUGGGCUUUUGUGCAUUUCUCGCAGGACGAUAACCGUCGAGGCUGUCAUCAUAGCAUUGGUGGAGAGGAUAUCUUGCAGACACAGUCAAAGGCUCUUAUGCACCAGGCCAUCUCGAACAUGGCAUCUUGUACCCCAGCGACAAUUGGCAGAGAUCUGCAUAGAUGUUGCCCGCAUGGUCUGGCUAUUGAAGUGGCAAAGUAUCUCAAGACAGUUCGAUGGACUGCGGCUUUCGAAGCAAUGAAGGUCCUUCAGGGCAUUGUGGACACGGAGUCAUUUUGA